UGCUAGUCACAGCAGUCAGCUGAUUCACAUCACAUGACUGCCCUUUCUAGUUUUGGGCAAGUCCUGUUUAAUCGGUGCCGUGAAAGUUGUUCCAGAUAAUCUGGUUUUACACGACGGGGAACCAUCACGUGGAAGUUAGUUUUAGGAGAAGAAGAUGACCCGCUGAGGACUUCCGGAAACAGCUGACUAUGUUUCUAAGAGCACUCUGAGUCCGCACAAAGAGGAGCGGGUCUGAAGGGGGUUAGCCUGAAAGCUUCAGCGUUGUUGAUUCUUUUGUGUUGCGUUCACUUCCUCAAGGAGUUUGCAAACAUCGUGCAAAAUGAGUCCGGAGGGGAAGAAUCUGUUGAACAUUGUUAUCCUGGGCUUCGGCUUUAUGUUUAUGUUCACUGCUUUUCAAACAUGCGGCAACAUAGAGCAAACAGUUCUCAAGAGCUUCAACAGCACCGAGUUCCACGGGAGUGGAUACACAAGCAUGGCCAUCAUCUACGGGGUUUUCUCUGCCUCCAACAUGAUCGCCCCCUCAGUGGUGACCGUCAUUGGACCGCAGCUGUCCAUGUUUUUCAGUGGGCUUCUGUACAGCGGCUACAUCGCUAUGUUCAUCUACCCGUACACGUGGAGCUUCUACACAGCCUCCGUGUUGGUUGGAAUAGGAGCAGCAGUCUUGUGGACGGCUCAGGGGAAUGUGCUGACCAUCAACUCUACUGAUAACACCAUUGGAAGGAAUAGUGGCAUAUUCUGGGCGCUGCUGCAGUUCAGCUUAUUCUUUGGAAAUCUCUACAUUUACUGUGCCUGGCAUGGACACGUUCACAUCACCGACAAGGACCGCCAGACGGUGUUCAUCUCCCUCACGGUGAUCAGUCUGGUGGGCUGCUUCCUCUUCUUUCUGAUCCGGAAGCCUGAUCCUGAACCUGCUCCCUCCGGGGCUGCCGAGUCACUGCUGCAGGCCGAGUCCACAGAGAGCUCCUCCGCAGCCAGCUCGGCUCGUCCAGGCCUCUGGUCACAAGCUCUGGAUGCUUUUGUGAAAGCGUGUAAAAUGUUCGCCACCAAAGAGAUGCUGCUGCUGAGUGUCUCCAUAGGGUACACAGGUCUGGAGCUCACGUUCUACAGCGGCGUCUACGGGACGUGUAUCGGAGCCAUGACGCGCUUCGGCCAAGAUGCUAAGAGUCUGAUCGGCAUCUCUGGCAUCUGCAUCGGCAUCGGAGAGAUCCUGGGAGGAAGCGUGUUCGGGAUGCUGAACAAGUGCAGCCGGUUUGGGAGGAACCCGGUGGUUCUGCUGGGCCUCAUCACUCACUACGUGGCCUUUUACCUCAUCUUCCUCAACAUCGCCAGCGACGCUCCCAUAGCCCCGGAGGAAGGGACGGACCUGCAGGCCUACAUCACCCCCAGGUACUAAUACGCACACAUCACCCCCGG